AAACACAGCGCUAGCAAGUUGACCUCAUGGUGCAGGCUUCCCGAGUCAAGGAGACGAGACUGACCGUGGGACGAGUGUGAUAUUGUCAAAUACUGUGGGUGUGACGGCGAGCCAUCAUGGCGGGGGACAUGAUGCUCCUGGUUCGGGGGCUGGCCAAGCUGAGCCAGGCGGUGGUGGAGACGCAGACCAACAUGCUGCGCAGCGGCGGCGUACAGGCCUUCGCCCAGGGCAUGCAGAUGAGCGCCGAGCAGGGCAUGGGAGCCGCCAUGCAGACCAUGCAGGAAUUUAGUGGGCAGCAGCAGAACAUGUCAGAAGACUUCAGCGCCGAAAUCGAGUCCGAGUUCAACUUCAGCGGUGCGGAUGAACGCCAUGAGGCCACGGGAGGGUCCGAGCACCGAGGAGGCGUGCAGGAGCAGGAGGCGGAGGGUGGGUUCGGCCACCAGGCGAGCAGCUCGAUGGCUGCGGAGGCGGCUCGCACGUACGGCAGCCAAGGGGCGGCCAAGUCCGGCCUGUUUGAGGGCUACAAGGACCCCAGCCGGCAGUUCUCGGGGCACGUGCGCUCCUAUCACCAGGACCACUCGUCGGUGGGAGGCCUGACGGCGGAGGACAUUCAGAAGGCCCGCGAGGCCAAACGCAGGGAGCGCGGAGAGGGAGGCGAUGGCAAAGCCCACAAGCAGAUGCUCAGUGAGAGGGCAAGAGAGCGCAAAGUCCCCGUGACACGGUUAGGAAGACUGGCCAACUUUGGAGGGCUUGCUGUCGGACUGGGUGUUGGGGCUCUGGCUGAGAUGGCCAAGAAGAGUAUGCGAAGCGAUGACAAAAAUGGGAACAAGAAAGCCGUGUUGGACUCCAGCCCGUUCCUGUCGGAGGCCAACGCAGAGCGCAUCGUCAGGACCCUGUGCAAGGUGCGCGGCGCCGCCCUGAAGCUUGGCCAGAUGCUCAGCAUUCAAGACGAUGCCUUCAUAAACCCCCAGCUGGCCAAGAUCUUCGAGAGGGUUCGCCAGAGCGCAGACUUCAUGCCCAUCAAACAGAUGACGAAAGCCCUGAACAGCGACCUGGGCCCCAACUGGAGGGACAAGCUGGAGUCGUUUGAGGAGAGGCCCUUCGCGGCGGCGUCCAUCGGGCAGGUGCACCUAGCCAGGCUGAAGGACGGCAGAGAGGUGGCCAUGAAGAUCCAGUACCCUGGAGUGGCACAGAGCAUCAACAGUGACGUCAACAACCUCAUGACGGUCCUCAGCAUGAGCAACGCUCUACCUGAAGGUCUGUUCCCGGAGCACUUGAUCGACGUCAUGAGACGGGAGCUGGCGUUGGAGUGCGACUACCUACGGGAAGCCCAAUGUGCCAGAAACUUCCAAGGGCUGCUGAAGGAUCACCCGUUCUUCUACGUGCCGAACGUUGUGGACGAGCUGUGUGGCCGCUCGGUGCUCACCACAGAGCUGGUGCCCGGAUUCCCCCUCGACAAGGCGGAGGACCUGCCCCAGGAACUCAAGGACGAGAUUUGCGAAAACAUCUUGCACCUGUGUGUUCGGGAGCUGUUUGAGUUCAGGUACAUGCAGACAGACCCCAACUGGUCCAACUUCUUCUAUGAUCCACAGACGCACAGGGUUGCGUUGUUGGACUUUGGUGCUACAAGAGGCUUUGACAAGAGCUUCACUGACACGUAUAUCGAGGUAAUCAAAUCUGCUGCUGAGGGGAACAGAGAGGGCGUGCUGAAGAAAUCCAUAGAGAUGAAAUUCCUCACGGGCUACGAGUCAAAGUCCAUGAUCAACGCACACGUGGACGCGGUGAUGAUCCUCGGCGAGGCCUUCGCCUCCCACGAGCCGUUCGACUUCGGCGCCCAGAGCACCACGGAGCGCAUCCACAACCUGAUCCCCGUCAUGCUGAAGCAGCGGCUGACCCCGCCCCCCGAGGAGACCUACUCGCUGCACCGCAAGAUGGGCGGCUCCUUCCUCAUCUGCUCCCGCCUCGGCGCCAAGCUGCGUUGCAAGGACAUGUUCGACAAGGCCUACAACGACUACUGGGCCGCGGGGGGCCCGGGGCCCGCAGACAAGUGACCAGAGAUCAGGAUGGAUGGAUGAACAGAUGGAUGGAUGGAAGGAGGACGGCCGUGACUGAUGGCCGUAUGGACAAACAGGCCAGCCAGCAGAGACGAUGAGAAUUUGUUAUUAUUAUUUAGUAACUGAUUUUCUAUCAGCUAAAUUUCGAUAGCAAAUCAGUUACUAUGAGAGUGGGAAGUGACGGCCAACUGCCACAAAGUGCCAUGACACCCCCCCACCAGAAGUAGGGGUGGUGGGGGAGCGUUAAGGACUGGCUCAAGGGUUAGGAGAGAGGGGUGACUACUGCUCGAUGGCUCCCCAGAUCCGCACGCCCGCCCCCACACCCCAGCCUCCCAUUGAGGAGAGAUGCUUAUGAAUUGAAUGUAUUGCGAUGGCACUUUUUCCUGUUGAGUUUUUUUGUUUUCCGUUUGUUUGCUCGAUUGUUUUGUCUUCUUUUCUCUUAUUUUUCUUCUUGGCUUUCCUCAUCAGUAUCUUUUUUGUUGUUGUUGUUGCUUUGGGUUUGCGCAUGUGUUUAUUUGUGUGCAUUUUUGCAUGUGCUAGCUGGGAGCAGCACUGAUCCAAGGCAGUUAUAGGUGAAUGUUAUGGUACCAUGCCCUACGUUUUGACAAAGGGUUCAUGCAGAAAUCAUGUUUUGUUUUGUAUUGGAAUUUCAAUCCAUGUGCCUACAACCAAUAGGUCACACUUCCACACGAGUCACAAAAUGAAAUGGCAAUAAUGACUUGUGGUGUGGAAUUAUUUUAUCACAUUUAAGAGGUUAGAAUCCCCAUUCGUAUUAUGAUUAUUGUAAUUAUUAUGGACCUCAAGCUGUAUUUUUCCAGCUUACUUUUUUUGCCAGUCUGACGUUCUCCCAGGGAACGCAAAACAACUGAUGUGACUCAAAUCAUUGUGAGAGCGGGGGAAGGACUGUCCUGUGUUCUUAUUGGAUGAAAUUCAUGCACAGUUCACAGAAAAGAGUGUUUUGACGGUAAUGUAAUUGUUUUCUGCAGGGAGAGAGAGAUGGAGUUUCUAGAGCUGAGUUCUUACUGAAACGCACACUCUCCUGUUUCCAGCUUAUGCGUCACCUGCUUGGUCUCUGUUCUUAAAUGUCUUCCAACCCUUUCUCUCCAAGUAACUGAAAGGGAAUAAAAAACACAAGAUGGUGCAUGUGGGGGUUAGGGUGUCUGUUCUUCCAACACAGAUUUUGCUUUUCUUUUUGUUUUGUUUUGUUUAAACAACCAAUUUUGAUGAUGAUUAUGGCAUAAUAAGGCACAAAUCUGUAAAGACGUGUGGGGCCUGAUGACUUGGGAGAUGAAAUGUGCCCUUGUGUGUACACCACCGUACAACAUAUUUCCUUCAGGUUUUUGUUUGUUUGAUCUCUUUUGUUGUUGUCUUGAAAUAUGACAUCAAAUGUUGUGAAAUGAAAAAAAAAAAAAAACACUACUGUACCAAGCAUCGGCAACAAUGUGUUGGCUUGAUGUGUAUGCAACAAAUAAGAAAGUGGUUAAUUAAGGGCUUUGAAAUGUUAACGAUAAAACAAAUUUGGUGUUGAGUUUUUCCACUAUUAUUGUUUGAGAUUAAAUAUUGCUAACAGUAAAGACAAUGAAAACACAUUACAAAAAAAAACAUAACCUCCUUAUCGGAGGUAAAAAAAAAAAAAUUAAUAAUAAUAAUAAUUGAGUGUGCCUGCAGAUAUUCUAGGGUAUUUCCUUCUAGAAAUUCAAGUGUUAGUCAUAGUGACUAAAUACGGUACAAGCGCAAAACAAUUGCAGGCGAAGAUGGUUUUUAAUUUUCUUACAGUGUCUAUAGCCUUCUUACAAAGCAUUGUGAGAAAUGAUAUUAAACCUUUGCAAUGAAACAACUGCA